GCCGCCGCCGCCGCGGCUCCCACAAUGCUCGCGUGGCCCCGCUUGGGUUCCCGUGGCGGCGGCGGCUCCAAGAUGGCGCAGACGAUCUUCGAGGCCCUGGAGGGAAUGGACAAUCAGACCGUCCUGGCUGUCCAGUCGUUAUUGGAUGGUCAAGGAGCAGUCCCUGAUCCAACAGGCCAGAGUGUCAGUGCACCCCCUACUAUCCAGCCACUAGAUGAUGAGGAUGUCUUUCUCUGCGGGAAGUGUAAGAAGCAGUUCAACUCACUGCCGGCGUUUAUGACCCACAAGCGGGAACAGUGCCAGGGGAAUGCCCCGCCCCUGGCCACAGUCUCACUGGCCACCAACAGCAUCUACACGCCUUCGGCAGCACCCACAGCAGUCCAGCAGGCCCCACCUCCUACGAAUCGCCAGAUCUCCACGUACAUCACAGUGCCCCCGUCCCCACUGAUCCAGACCUUGGUGCAGGGGAACAUCUUGGUGAGCGAUGAUGUGCUCAUGUCUGCCAUGUCAGCUUUCACAUCCCUGGACCAACCCAUGCCCCAGGGGCCCCCGCCUGUGCAGAGCAGCCUGAACAUGCAUUCUGCACCCAGCUACCUCACCCAGCCUCCACCCCCGCCUCAACCCCCUCCACCACUGCCCCCACCCCCACCCCCUCAACCCCCACCCCCACCACCUCAGAGCCUGGGUCCCCCCGGGCGUUCCAACCCUGGCGGGAAUGGCGUGGUGGAGGUGUACAGUGCCACUGCACCCCUGGCUGGAAGUGGAACAGUGGAGAUCCAGGCAUUGGGAAUGCAGGCCUACCCACCCUUGGAGGUGCCAAACCAGUGUGUGGAGGCUCCAGUAUACCCCACCCCCCCAGUGUACAGCCCCGGCAAACAGGGAUUCAAACCAAAAGGACCCAACCCCACUGCCCCCAUGACCAGCACCACUGGGGGCACCGUGGCCACCUUUGACUCCCCACCAACGCUGAAGACCCGACGGGCCAAAGGUGCCAGUGGACUCCCAGAAGCUGCAGGGAAGCCAAAGGCUCAGAAACUCAAGUGCUCAUACUGUGACAAGUCAUUCACCAAAAACUUCGACCUGCAGCAGCACAUCCGAAGCCACACUGGUGAGAAACCCUUCCAGUGCAUUGCGUGUGGCCGUGCCUUUGCCCAGAAGUCUAAUGUCAAGAAGCACAUGCAGACUCACAAGGUGUGGCCUCCAGGGCGCAGUGGUGGCACCAUCUCUCGCAACUCUGUGACUGUGCAGGUCAUGGCCCUGAACCCCAGCAGGCAGGAGGAUGAGGAAAGCACAGGGUUGGGCCAGACACUGUCGAGUGCCCCACAGCCCCAGGCCUUGCCCACAGCAGGUGAGGAUGAAGGGGAGAAGCUGGAGGGCAAGCAGGUGGUCCUCAUCGAUAGCUCCUACCUAUGUCAGUUCUGCCCCAGCAAGUUCAGCACUUACUUCCAGCUCAAGUCCCACAUGACCCAGCAUAAGAAUGAGCAGGUGUACAAGUGUGUGGUCAAAAGCUGCGCCCAGACGUUUCCGAAGCUCGACACUUUUCUGGAGCACAUCAAGAGCCACCAGGAGGAGCUGAGCUACCGCUGCCACCUCUGCAGCAAGGACUUCCCCUCACUGUAUGACCUGGGCGUGCACCAGUACUCCCACAGCCUCCUGCCGCAGCACAGCCCCAAGAAGGACAGCACGGUCUACAAAUGUGUCAAAUGUGUGAACAAAUACUCUACCCCUGAGGCCCUGGAGCACCACCUACAGACCGCCACCCACAACUUUCCCUGCCCACACUGCCAAAAGGUGUUUCCUUGUGAACGCUACCUGCGGCGUCACCUGCCCACACAUGGCAGCGGGGGCAGGUUCAAGUGCCAGGUGUGUAAGAAGUUCUUCCGGCGGGAGCACUACCUCAAGCUGCAUGCUCACAUCCACUCAGGUGAGAAGCCCUACAAAUGCUCAGUGUGUGAGUCCGCAUUCAACCGCAAAGACAAACUGAAGAGACACAUGUUGAUCCAUGAGCCAUUCAAGAAGUACAAAUGCCCCUUCUCGACACACACAGGCUGCAGUAAGGAGUUCAACCGGCCAGAUAAGCUGAAGGCUCAUAUCCUCUCCCACUCUGGCAUGAAGCUCCACAAGUGUGCCCUGUGCAGCAAGUCCUUCAGCCGCCGCGCCCAUCUCGCUGAGCACCAGCGCGCCCACACAGGCAACUACAAGUUCCGCUGUGCUGGCUGCGCCAAGGGCUUUUCCCGCCACAAAUACCUCAAGGAUCACCGUUGCCGCCUCGGACCCCAAAAGGAUAAGGACCUGCAAGCCCGGCGGCCCCCCCGGAGGAGGGCAGCCCCCCGCAGUGGCAGCAGUGGUGGACACAAGGUGGUGACCCCCCUGCCUGACCCACUGGGGCUGGAGGAGUUGAAGGACCCAGGGACUGGGCAGGUGCCCGAGGCUGCCCCAGGCAAGCCACCCUUCUCAGAGCCGGAUGCCGUGCUGUCCAUCGUAGUAGGUGGCACGGUGGGCAGUGAACCUGAGCUGGUAGUGCCUGGGCAUGCCGAGGGCCUGGGCCCCAACCUGGCACUGGCAGAGCUACAGGCAGGGGCUGAUGGCCCGUGUGCCAUGCUUGCUGUGCCUGUCUACAUCCAGGCCUCUGAGUGAUGGACCCAUGGUGUUUGCUCCCAUAGCCCAGCCUGAUGCUCAUCUUUGGGUCCACAGCCUCUGGAGACAGAUAAGAUCCUUCCCAGUGGAAGCGAGCUGUCAGCAGAGAUGGCCUGUGACUGCCCUGCCGUGUCUCCCUAUCCUUCUGGAAAGCCCUGUAGCGUUCUGGAACCUGGGGCAGGGCUGCUUAUGGCUUCCAGGCAGGAGUGAUAGCAAGAGAGAUGGCUGAAUCUGAGUGGCCCAGGGUUUGGCUGGUGCAGGCUUGUAGUUGGGGUGCCUAAACAGAAAAGACAGGGUGGCCCUGCCCACCCCGCUCUGGGCUGCCUUAGGGCUGGCCUGCAGUCAGGUUGCUCUUUGAGCAGCCUGACAUGGUCAGAGCCCUUUUCUGCUAUACCUUUUUCAUAUGGUUCCUCACAGCAUCUUCAGAUGACUCUGAUGUAGGCACUUAGGAGGCACUUGAGUGCUGUGGUUAGAGUGCAGCUAUCAGCCAGAUCUGGCUUCAAAUUCAAGUGCUGCUACUCACUGCUGUGUGACCUUGGGUAAGUCACUUCACCUCUCUGAGCCCUGUGUUCCUCAUCUGUACAAUGUGGGUAAUGACAGCACUACCUCUAGGGCUGCCAUGGGGAUCUGGUAUGAUGAAAUGUGCAAAGGGUUCACAUAGUGCCCGGCACUUGGAAAGUGCUCAGUAAAUGUUUCUGUCAACAUGUGUGUCCACAUGGCUUGGACCCUAGCUUUGGCAGUUUCCUUCUUAGUCUCUAUGUGGCAACAUUCUCCCCUCCAAAGUGUUUGGGGGCUGAGGGGGUCUUGGUCCCUCAUAGGACUGUCUGCCCCAUUAGCCUUGGAGAAGUUUUGUGCCCCCAGAAUGGCUGUUUCAGAACAUAGCCCUUGGAAACACCCAGAAGGAAGAGUUUCUACUCUCUUUUGAAAAUGCAGGCUCCUGGGCCUUGCCCCCAAACCCUUUGGAAUCAGAAACUCUGACUAGAGCCAGUGGUCCACCUUGAGCAGGUCUCUGGAUGGCCAUAGAUGCCCCUGCAUCCAGCAUCCCCUUCCCCAUCACCAGCUAGUCCAGGGGUAAGUAAAAAAACCAGGCUCGUUGGGAGGCUGGGAGAGAGAAAAGGGGCCUUGGCUGAGUUUCCUAGUUUAUUUUCACUACCACCCUGCCGGGCCACAUUGCCUCAGUUACAGACGAAACUGAGGCUCAGGAGGGGACAGGGCAGGACGUGGCAGAACUGUUGGACUCAGUUUGAUAACCGAGUUUCCUUGAAGGCUAGCACAUCCCUCAGACAUUUGUGCUGGGGCCCAGAACUGGAGCUCAGAGCAAGCCUGGCUUCCUCACACCCUCAGGAAGGGUAGGAAGCAAUGGGAGGGACAGAUGAGUCCGCUGAGGGGGUGAGAGCUUUAAGUGUACCCAGCCCUCAUGAAAGCCAAGAGAAGGGCUGGUGGAGAUGGGAAGUCUCUUUGAAGGACAUGACAUUUGAGCUGGGCCUUGAUACAGAGUAGGUUUAUGUGUGUUUGUGUGUGUUUGUGUGUGUUGUUGUUUCUUUUGUUAAUCUUUGCGUGAGGAUAUUUUCUCCAUUGGUUUUUAGAGAGAGUGGACGGGGGGGGGGGGGGGGCAGAAAGAGAGAGAAUAACACCAAUUGGUUGCCUCCCACUUGCGCACCUGACCAGGGUGGGGAUCGAACCUGCAACCCACAUACAUGUCCUUGACUCAAACCCAAGACCUUUUGGUGCAUGGGCUGAUGCUCUAACCAUAGAGCAACACCAACCAAGGCGAUCAGACUGUUGGAUAAUUAGGGGAAAGCAAGGUAUAAGUAAAGACUUCCAGGUAUGACAGUGCAAGGCCUGUUGCAUUCUGGUGCCAGUGAAUGGUCCAGGGUGACCAGAGAUUUAGAGGCAGUGGGUAGAGCAUGAUAAUCGCUAUGUUCAAGCCUCUACAUGAACAUAUUAUGGACACACUGCUCAGCCUUUUAUUUCAUAUCACUCAGCCCAAUUAGGUGAAAAUUGUUACUUUCCUUAUUUUAUAGAUGAGGAAGCAGAGGCACAGAGAGGCAAACUUCCUUGCCCAAGCUCAUAGAGCUAGUAAGUCACAGAGCAGGUAUUCAGGCUGAGAAGGCCUGUCUCCUUGUGCUGUUAGCCACUUUGCUCUAUUGAAAUAUGGAUUAAUAUUGAAUCAGAGACCCUUGGAUAUGGGGUUAAGGAAUUUGGACUUUAUUCUCUAUAUAAUAGACAAGUCAUGGGAGGCAUUAAACAUUAUUAAUUGUGACAUUAAGGAAAUGUUAAAAGCCAUAUUUUUAUCCUAAUACAACUAUUUAAGUUACAUUUCUGCCUCUUCCUGUCAGUGCACACAUGCAUGCACAUUUACCAGAGGAUUAAUGUUUCCUGGGUAGGCACUUAUACUGUGCUUGGCAUGUCCUGAGCUCUUCUAGGUAGGUGCUGUGUUUAAUCCCAUUUUACAGCUGAGAUGAGGCAACAGGCACAUUGAGGUUAAAUAACCCCAAGUCAAAUAGCAGUAAGUGGCAGAGCCAAGUCACAGAACAUAUCAAGAUCAGGUCUAAUAUUUAAUAGCUGCAGAGUUGGACUACAGGGGAGGAAGCUGGGUCAAUAUUGGGGUUCCCAUAGCUGAACCCCUCCUAGGUUGGCAGAUGGAGAUACUACGGCCCAAGAGGAAGGCCCUUAGUCAAGGGUCACUCAGGACACCAGGACUCCUUAUAGAGCCCCAAGAUACUGGACAGAAUACAGUGUAAAAUGGCUGUCCUGGGCAUCCACGGUCCCACCGAUUUUGGCAUCAGGAAGAGUUGGGUUUGAAUCCUGUCCCUGCCCCUUCCCAGCUGUAUGACUGUGGCAAGUAAUUUCACCUCUCCGAACUUCCCUGUCUUCAUAUGUCAAAUGGGGAGACUAAGUACCCAAGGAAGUUGUCACAAUUCAGACAGAGAAUUCAGGUAAAGUAAAUAUCACAAAUUGGCAGCCCAUAGCUUGAUUCCAGCCUACAGAGAAACUUGGUUUAGCUUGAAAAAGUAAGCCAAUAUUUAAAAAUAAUGAAAUUUAGCCCUAGCUGGUUUGGCUCAGUGGAUAGAGCAUCGGCCUGCAGACUGAAGGGUCCUGGGUUUGAUUCCAGUGAAGGGCACGUACCUUGGUUGCAGGCUCAAUCCCCAACCCUGGUUGAGGCGCAUGCGGGAGGCAACCAAUCAAUGUGACUCGAUGUUUCUCUAUCUUUCCUUCCCUUCUGCUCUCUAAAAGUCAAUGGAAAAAUAUCCUCUUUAAAAUAUAUAGAUACGAAAUUUAAAACCUGGAAUGCUAAAAAGUGAGAUGCGUUUCCUCUGUGUUAGGAACAAGACAAGGAUGCCUUCUAUUAUUACAUCACCAUUAUAUUGGAGGCCUAACCAAAGCAAUAAGGCAAAAAAAAGAAAUAAAUGGUAUAAGGAGAGGGUGAAAUAGUAGCAAGAUCAAUAUACUGUGUUCCCAUAUCCAGAAGCACU